ACAGUGGGCCAAAGACAUGGGCACCUGGAAAUGGAGAAGCCCAACUGUUCAGGGCUAGAGAAGCAGAGCAGACUAGCAGGAGGGAUGUGGGAGCAGGCAUGGGUGGGACCCUACACAACACGCACAAGCAGAGCAAGCACAGGAAACAAUUGGAGGCCCGGGUGCCAUGUGAAUGCCUGAGGUACAGACUUAGCAUGAGAGGCAUUCAAGGAGAAGAGAGACGUGCAGGCUGCAGCAGACAGAUUUCCUGGAAAAGGAGGGCCUCUGAGCCAGCCCUGGAGGAUGGGCAAGGUUCCUUGGUCCCCUCCCCCAACCAGGGCUCUCCUCACAAGUUCCCAGGGUGACAGUUCAGUCUUGAAACUGAAAGCAAAGCUGAACUAAGAACACAAGCCCACAGGCAGCACAGAAGCCAUCUCUCUGCUGGUAGGUAGUGCUAGUGGGAUGGUUGGUGAUAAGUACUCAGAGCUUGUGAGCUCACCGGUCCCCGUCUCCAGGCUCUUUAGAGGUGUGGCCGUGUCUGAGAGUCCCAUCCCCAUAAGCAGGGUCAGGCGAACAACACAAGCCUCACAGCACAUUUCUUCCUCUCGAGAUUCUGCCCUUCAGAGCUAAGUGACUCCCAAGGUCACUCCUGCGGUUGGCCCAGCCCAGCAUGCAGCCUUGAACGUGGCUUAGGCCACCACGUACUCCAGCUCUCUACAUCCCCAUUCUCCUGUGGCUCCGGGUGUAGGCUCUAAGCUUCAAGGUACCUGAGCUGCAUCUCUUCAUCAAGAAAACCCUGCAGCUCCAGAGGGCCGUGCGAAUCCUGCUGUUAGCUCUGAGAAGACAGCAUGGCUAUUACCUUGCAGCCCAGCGACCUGAUCUUUGAGUUUGCAAGCAACGGGAUGGAUGAUAUACACCAGCUGGAAGACCCCUCAGUAUUCCCAGCUGUGAUCGUGGAGCAGGUACCCUACCCCGAAUUACUGCAUCUGUAUUCAGGACUGGAACUGGAUGACGUUCACAAUGGCAUCAUAACGGACAGGACCUUGUGCAUGACACAGGAUCAGAUCCUGGAGGGCAGUUUUAUGCUGGCAGAUGAAAAUGAAGCAACCACACAAACCAGGUCAAGCACUGAAGUCUUGCUCAAUGUUGAGUCUCCCAACAACAUCCUGGAUGAGAAGCAGAUAUUCAGCACCUCUGAAAUGCUUCCAGACUCAGACCCUGCUCCAGCCAUCACUCUUCCCAACUACCUGUUUCCUGUCUCUGAGCCCAACGCCCUGAACAGGGCUGGUGACACUGGUGACCAGGAGGGGCAUUCUCUGGAGGAGAAGGUCCCCAGAGAGGAAAGUGCCAAGAAGACUGGAAAAUCAAAGAAGAGAAUCCGGAAGACAAAGGGCAACCGCAGUACCUCACCUGUCACUGACCCCAGCAUCCCCAUACGGAAAAAAUCUAAGGAUGGCAAAGGCAACACCAUCUAUCUGUGGGAGUUCCUCCUGGCACUUCUGCAAGACAGGAACACCUGCCCCAAGUAUAUCAAGUGGACCCAGCGAGAGAAAGGCAUCUUCAAGCUGGUGGAUUCCAAAGCUGUGUCGAAGCUGUGGGGGAAGCAGAAAAACAAGCCUGACAUGAACUACGAGACAAUGGGGAGGGCACUAAGAUAUUACUACCAAAGGGGCAUCCUUGCCAAAGUGGAAGGGCAGAGGCUGGUGUACCAGUUUAAAGAGAUGCCCAAGGACCUAGUGGUGAUUGAAGACGAGGACGAGAAAAGUGAAAUCGCAGAGGCAUCCCAUAAGGCCUCCACCCCCUCCACCAGCACUGCCCGACGAGCCAGCUCCAGGGUGUCAUCCAGAGCCACUCCCCAGGGCAAGGGAAGCCCUCCCUGGGAGAAGCCUAAGGUUCAGCAUGUUAGUCUACAGCCAUCUGCAAGUCUGGAAUUGGGACUGUCUCCAGAUGAGGAGACCCCCACUACCUCCACUGUGCUUGUCUCUCCACCAGAGGGCCAUGCCAAACUCACCAAAGCUGUGAGUGUUUCUUCAGUGCCCAGCAACAUCCACCUAGGAGUGGCCCCUGUGGGGUCAGCCUCGGCCUUGACCCUGCAGACCUUCCCCCUGACCACAGUGCUAACCAAUGGCCCUCCUGCCAGUACUACUGCUUCAACCCAGCUUGUUCUCCAGAGUGUUCCGCCUGCUUCAACCUUCAAGGACACCUUCACCUUGCAGGCCUCCUUCCCCCUGAACAGCAGUUUCCAAGACAGCCAGGUGGCAGCACCAGGGACUCCACUGAUUCUCAGUGGCCUCCCCCAACUUCUGACUGGGGCCAACCGUUCAACCAAUCCAACAGCACCCUCUGUCACAGGGGCUGGAGCAGCAGGGCCCAGCUCUCAGCCUCCCGGGACUGUCAUCGCUGCCUUCAUCAGGACUUCCGGUGCCACAGCAGCCCCUGGGGUCAAGGAUAGGUCACUAAGACCCUCCUCAUAUGUGCAGGGCAUGGUGUCUGGGGCCCCCAUGGAGGGGCUACUUGUUCCUGAAGAAACCCUGAGGGAGCUUCUGAGGGAUCAGGCUCACCUUCAGCCACUUCCAACCCACAUGGUUUCAAGGGGCUCCCACAACCCGAGCCUUCUGGGAAACCAGACUUUCUCUCCUCCCAGCCGCCCCACUGUUGGGCUGACCCCGGUGGCUGAACUUGAGCUCUCCUCAGGCUCAGGGUCCCUGCUUACGGCUGAGCCUAGUGUGAACGCAUCUGGAAGCCUACUGACUAGAUCCCCAACCCCAGCCCCCUUCUCCCCAUUCAACCCCACUUCUCUCAUUAAGAUGGAGCCCCAUAACAUAUAAAUGGAGGGGUCGGGGAAGUGUGACCCACCAGGCAAAGCUGAGAAGCAUUUUCGUAUGGACUGCAUCUAGCAGAGACUGACUCCAGCAGCUCACCUGCCCUCACAUUUCAGUGGAAUGUCAAUACACCAGACUCCCCAUCCCUCACCUCUGCCUGACUUCACCAUGGCCAAGCCAUGCUCAGUUUGAGCAUCCCUGGCAUCAAACCAUGGCCUUCAGGAGCCCUAAGGGAUAUACUUUUGUCAGGGUAAUGGACUGAUGUGGUGAUGAAGGAACAACCUGAGAAGUUGGUGGCCAGGGCGGGUGCAGGGGCUUCACAGAAACAUCUGUUUUUGCUUGGCCAUGUUUCACCAUCUAUGUUCCCUCAGCAGGGAAGUUACUAUCCCAUAUGUGAAUAUCUUGGUAUGUAUUUGUGUGUACUUAUGGGUCUGUAUCUUCGUUUCUUUGGAAAGGACGAGGGUGCAGCUGUGAAUUCUUCAAGAAUGUGUCUCUUUGUGCAUCAGCUGCAGAGAUGAGGAUUUCUUUUAAGGAAAAGCAUUCUCUAGUUCCCUUUGCACAAACCAAGAUUCAGUUGUUCUGAGGCUAUGGGGUGCAGGUUGGAUACCCCGAAUCUGGAGAGAUGUCACGGAGCUGGGGCAGGUCCAGGGUAGAAGAGCUCCGAUUGGUGUGUGUUGGAGCAACUACCGUUCUAAGGGACGGGAGAAGGCCAAGAGGGAUAAAAGCAUGAAGAGAAGAAAGGGAAUUCAGCCCUGGGAAGCAGCCCCCCAGCCUAGACUGAGGCAUUCUUCCUGGAGUUAGCCUUAUUGCCCACCAGUCACUUGCCAGCAUGCUUGGAAACCUUGACUACCCCAGAAAAGUGUACUGAAGGGUUAGACGGGGGCCAAGUGCCCCUUCAGGGUUAGACCCAGCCACCGUGUCCCCAGGCAGGGCUGAAUUAAUAAUGUUUGCACUGAGGGCUGGGGCUGGAAGACCAGUCUUCGCACCUGUCCUACACCCCGAAUCCUGGGUUCCCUCUUGAGUAAUUUUGCUCCUGAUAUUUUCCUGCUGUCAGGCAUUGCUUGGGAUAGUUGUGUAGCAACGUAGAUUGGAUCUGCCUCCAUUACUGCUCGUGCGUGCCUGCCCCCCAGCCAGCCUUCUUCUCACCUCCUAAGUUUGUCAGCACCAACCCUCUCUCACCACGACUGCAGCAGGCAUUCACAUGGCCCGUUACCCCGCUUCUCCAACUUUCACACCUGACCCUGAUUCCGUCUUCACCAGGGAGACGGGAGCCAGUGAAUGUGAGCUCCCAGGACACUUCUCCUCUCUCUCCUCUCUCUCUAUGGCUUCUCGCUUCCCUCUUCCCUUUUUCUGAGGAAGGGUCAACUGAUUCUCUCUUCAAGUCAACUCCUCACCUAGGGCCUGGAUCUCGUUCCCUCUCCCUUCUUUGCAUUAGCUUGCCUCACUCCUGCCAAGUGUAGGGGCAAAGCUAAGAGCUAAGACAGGUCAGUCUCAGAAACAAUUGUUAUCUGGUGAAUUUGGUUAAUGUGAAUCAGUGCCUCAGGACCUCUGCUAUGUCCUUGGUGCAAAUCCAUCCACUUGAUCUAACUACCUCCCCAGGUUACUCUUCUCUCUCUCCUUUUGUUCACUGCCUACUAUCGUCCUCUCCCACUCUUCUUGUUUUUCCCCAGGAGGGAACUACAUACAGUUGU